AUGUGUGUGUCUGCUGCCAUGCCUAUUUCCAUCCUCCUGGUGCAGGAGACAUCUACUGAAAGGCUGUAUCCACUGGGUAUUUGUCCCCUGGGUCAGUUUCCCUGUGGAAACCUCUCAGUGUGUUUGCCCCAGCCACGCCACUGCAAUGGUGUGCAGGAUUGUCCCAAUGGAGCAGAUGAGGAGAACUGUGUUGAUAAUAGUGGAUGGCCUCACCUAUUUGAUGCUUUUCUGAAGACAAACAUUCAAGAGUCAAAGGAAUGCUUGUUGGACAUAUUUCCAGUACGGUGCCACUGCACGGGCAGGAGAGUGAACUGUAACAACAAAGACCUCUUGGCUGUGCCUGCUGUGUCUAAUAAUGUCACCGCUCUUGAGCUGAAUGGUAAUCGGAUCAUUUCUCUUCCCUCCGACCUGUUCAUCAGAUACACAAAUCUGGAAAGACUUCACUUGCAAAACAACAGCAUCAAAAGUAUAUCUAACCGAGCAUUUUCAGGGCUGUACAAACUAAGAAAACUAUUUCUCAGUCAGAACCGGAUUACCAAACUGAAAACUGGAAUUUUCAGGGACCUUCGGAACCUAGAAUGGCUAAUUCUGGAUGAAAACAGAAUUGCAUCAAUCAGACAGAAAUCAUUUGAAGGACUAAAAUCAUUAUUUUUUUUGUCCCUACUGAAUAAUUCACUAAAACACAUCCCAAGGAAAUCCUUCUGCUUGGAGAUGCCAAGGUUAAACUGGCUGGAAUUGGAAGGCAACAGGAUUGCAUCAUUAAAAGGCUCCAACUUUCAAGAAUGUACUGCUCUGACAGUCCUAGCACUUCGAAGGAAUGAAAUACAAUCAAUUGAGGUGGGGUCAUUUUCUUCAAUGCAGAAACUAAUAGACUUGGACCUGUCUUUGAACCGAAUUAAGGAGCUAUCCCCAUCUUUAUUUAUAAAUCUACAAAAUCUCAAGCAGUUGAACAUCUCGAGCAACCCGAUUGCUCACAUCUCUGAUGAUCAGUUCGACAGCUUUGUCAAUUUGCAGUCACUGGGAAUGGAGGACAUUGAAAUCCCAAAUAUCAGCAUCCGGAUGUUUCGUUCACUCAGCAAACUCUCCCAUAUAUAUUUUAAAAAGUUUGAAUACUGCGGAUAUUCUCCCAAUGUGCGGAGCUGUAAGCCUAACACAGACGGGAUCUCCUCCUUUGAGAACCUCCUGGCCAACAUAAUCCUCCGCGUAUUUGUGUGGGUGGUGGCCUUCAUCAUCUGCUUUGGCAACAUCUUCGUCAUCUGCCUCCGCUCGUGCAUUGUGUCUGAGAACCGACACCACACCAUGGCCAUCCAAUCGCUGUGCUGUGCAGACUGCUUGAUGGGAGUGUACCUGUUCUUCAUCGGCGCCUUUGACAUCAAGUACUGUGGGGAGUACAACAGACACGCCCAGUUGUGGAUGGAAAGCCUUCAGUGUCAACUGAUUGGCUGUCUUGCCAUACUGUCCACAGAGGUUUCUGUCAUGCUGCUGACAUACAUGACACUGCAGAAGUGCCUGUGCAUCGUGUUCCCCUUCCGAAAUUACCAGCCGGGGAGGAAACAGACCCUCUUCUUUCUCAUCUUCAUCUGGAUCUUGGGGUUCAUGAUUGCCAUCAUUCCAUUCUGGGACAAGCAAACAUUUGGAAACUACUACGGAAGGAAUGGUGUCUGUUUCCCGCUCCAUUCAGACUUGAUGGAGAAGCCAGGUGCCAGAAGAUACUCAACAGGAAUAUUUCUUGGCCUGAAUCUUUUCGCUUUCGUCGUGAUUGUCUUAUCCUACACCAGCAUGUUUUAUUCAGUGAUGAAAACUUCCAAGACAGCUAGGCAAAGGAUUUUUGAUCGAGAGGUGACCAUAGCGAAGAGGUUUUUCUUCAUUGUCUUCACUGAUGCCCUGUGCUGGAUACCAAUAUUCCUGUUUAAGACUCUGUCCCUGCUACAAGUGGAAUUCACAGGUACAAUCAUUUUGUGGGUGGUGAUCUUCAUCCUGCCUAUCAACAGUGCCCUCAACCCCAUCCUCUACACCAUCACCACCAGCUCCUUUCGGGAACGCAUCAAGCUCUGUCUGCAAAUGAAAUGGCGGCAAGUUGGGCUGAAAGAGACCCCGCGGAGUGUCUCUACCGUCUACACGCAGGCCAGAGCUCCCAAGCAAUGAGCUCCAUGAUCUGGCAGGGGCCACUCGGUGUCAGGUGGAAAAGAUGAAGUCACCGCCUUGGCUUGGCAAUCGGCUGGAGGGAUCAUACACUCUGUCCCUUCCCCCAGAGCUCCCGGCUGCCAGUCUACUCUUUACUAGAAUGAGCUGUUCAGCUGUAGUGCCGAAAGACAUCCGGGCUGACUGGUGAACAUUAAAAAAACUUGUGGCCGUAUGGCAACCAAAGGAGGACAAACAACUUGCCGUUUGUGCAGGCUAUAAUCAUCCUUUGAAAUGAACUGCCUCUUGUGGUGCAUCGAUCCAAUUUACUGGUUUGGAACAGCCCCUGCAUCAACAGCAUUAUCUUAGUGUGCAGUGGCAAUGUGUGCGCGACUGUUGUUGCCACAAAACAUCACAGAUAAACAGUUGGAUCCAAUGAAGACCACGCAAAGCAUUUUGAGGAAAGGAAUGCAUUCUUGAAAGAGUAAUUGGAAUCUUCAUUCAUCCUGAAGAAGACUAAUGCCAUAAUAAUUCAUGUUCAUGGUUGAACUGGCUUGUAUGGUGAGUCAAAGGGAGCAAUUCAGAAGGGUCAGUGUCACUACCCGUAGAGAAUUGAAGAACAAAGUAAGUCCAUAUACUGUACUUUCAAUGGCACAUACACACAUACAACAUCUCUGAUGAUAACAUCAAUGAAAUAUAUGAAGAGUUGAAAAGGCAUGGACUAGAAACAAACCCAGUGAGCAAAAUCUGGAAUCUAGAGGGGUGGAAAUCUAGGUUGAAAGAGGCUUUGAAAUAAAAGGGUCAUAGCUUUGGUUUUGCCCAGAUGCGGCCUCUUAGUCAACGAGAACUUGAAAUCAAAUUUCACGUGAAUGCCUAGAUGACUUUUCACAACAAAAAUGUUGACUGGAAGGCUAACUUAAAGGGUGAUUACACCCUAGAUCAAACGUUUUUUAGCUGUAAAUGUGUUUGUAUGCCG